AAGUUUUACCGAUAAUCAAAAAACCAGUUCAUUGGAUCGAAUUGAAGUGGUGAUACUCAAAUUUUUUACUACACUAUUAUUUAUGAUCCAUUCUGUGUUUAUACAAUGACUUACACCGAAAAAUAAUAUUCCCUCUAUAGUAUGCUAACUCAUCCUUCUUUGAUACGAAAACAAAGUGUAUUUCAAGUAGUACCUAGAUAGUUAUUCACGGUACAGUUGGAAGAGAUUACUUCUAUUCAUAUUGAUUGGACCGAUUACAGUGACUACAUAAUUUAAUCAGCAUAGAAGAAUAAUUCACGGAGUUAUUGAGUCAUAUAGAUAUAAUUUACUUUCACAAGUGUCCUACUUCUGUACGUUUCUACCUUGUCUCGAUAUUAUUAUAAACACGUCAGAAUAUACGUGUGAGUAUGUAUAAUAUUCAUCUUCCAUAUCCAUUUAUUUUCUUAUACGAUUAGUUUUCGCUUCUCUGAUAAUGAAUAGUGAUAGACAUCGAUAUUGAUAAGAGCUAAUAUAUUUCGCUACUACUCCUAGAGAUCCCUGAUUCUUAAUCUUCAGUUUGUUCACAAACAAUCAAUCUUAGUUUUUUCUUAUAUAGAUAUUCCAAAAAACAAUCAUAGGACUGGUAAAAUGAAUAAAACACACAAAACAGUGAAUUCUAUAACAAACGCCUGGUCGAUAACUUCUAAACCAUCAGUAUCAACUAAAAAACGUGAACGAGCUGGUUCAGUUAUUAAAGAAUUUAGUUUGAACACAACAGCACAUGGUAUACCAAGUAUUGCUCGUAGUCAUAGUACUCAUAAUUGUGUAUUUUGGAUUCUAUCAUCAUUAGUUUUUCUUGGUGCAAUGAUAUAUUUUGUUACUGAAUCAAUUACUGCAUAUUUUCAAUAUUCAACACAAACGUCUGUAACAGUUAUUGUUGAAUGGCCUCAAGCUUUUCCUGCAGUAACAAUUUGUAAUUAUUCUCCAUUACGAUAUGAUCGAUUUAUAAGUCCUUUUUUAAACUAUACAAAUGCACGUAAUAUAACAAAUACAACUAAUACAACUAUUUUCACUACGACACAAGCUUCCUAUAUUCAAGAAUUUCUACUUUAUAAACUCAAUCAAAAUGAAUCUUUAAAUGAUUAUUUUUAUUCACUUGAAUCAAUGAUGAUGUCUUGUAAUUAUAAUAACAUGCCAUGUUCGACAACUAAUUUUACUUGGUUUAUAUCACCACUCUAUGGUCUCUGUUAUACAUUCAAUGCUCUAUUAAAAUCUACGGGUCAAGCUGGUAUAAAAUACAAUGCUGAUAAUGGAGCUAAUGGUCUCCUUGAAUUAAGUUUCUAUGUACAUCAAAAUCAAUAUGUACCAUAUUUAUCAAAUGGCAUUGGUAUGGUAGCAUUAGUUCAUGACAAUGUACAGAUGCCCAUUAUUGAGCUGACAGCAAUGCUACUUAGUCCUGGAAAACAUCAUAAAUUAGGAUAUGCAAAAAAAACUAGUUUAUUUUUACCAGCACCUUAUACACCAUGCAACGAUAAAGCUAAUCUUGGAAUGCAAGCAAUGUUUGAUCAAUAUCAUGAUGCUGAUUAUGGAUAUGCACAAUUUCCAUGUUAUUUUGCUUGUAUACAAGCAUAUACUUACAAAAAAUGUGGCUGUGGAAAUCCUUAUCGCUGGAAUAAUCGUGUAGUUGUACUUCCUAAUACUAACACAUCAAUUAAUAUACAACUUUGUGAUUUUGAUAAUCCAUGUUAUGGUGCAGCAGGAAUAGAAAUUAUGAACACAGAAAGUAUUUGGACUACGUUUUGUCCUGAUUGUACACUAGAGUGUACAUAUUCUGAGUUUAUUAUUCAAUCAACUUCAGUCUUAGCACCACCUUCCUACAUGAGAGAUGGUAUUAAACAAUUUGUUGAAUCAUCACAAGUUCCAUUACCUAAAGACUGGAAUACAUCCUAUGUGUCUGAGAUUCAAUCCAGUUUUGUUUCUUUAGAAGUUGCCUAUGAAACAACUCGAACAGAAGUUUAUUCACAACAACCAACAAUGGCUCCAGUUGAUGUGAUUUCUAAUGUUGGUGGACAAACCGGUCUUUGGAUUGGUAUUAGUUUUCUUUCAUUGAUGGAACUUGCUGAAAUGAUCUAUCGACUUAUACGUUCUCAAUGUCAUCGUCUUUGGACAAGAACAUGA